AUGUCGAAAGGGAAAGUAAUUCUAGCUUACUCGGGGGGCUUGGACACCUCCGUGAUCCUCAAGUACCUUCAGAACGAAGGCUACGAGGUGAUCUGUUUUUGCGCCAACGUUGGCCAAGACGAAGACUUUGAAGCAGCGAAGCAGAAGGCGCUCGCGCUCGGGGCGUCCAAAGUCUAUGUCGAAGAUCUACGGGAAGACUUCCUCGUAAACUACAUCUUCACGGCGGUGAAGGCGAACGCGAUCUACGAGUCUCGGUACCUGCUGGGCACUUCGCUGGCGCGGCCCUGCAUCGCCAAGAGGCAAAUCGAAGUCGCCCACCUCGAACAGGCAGCGUAUGUAGCUCACGGUGCAACAGCGAAAGGAAAUGAUCAAGUGAGGUUCGGACUCUGCUACUACGCGCUUGACCCGAACAUCCAAGAGAUUGCGCCGUGGCGAGACCCGGCCUUCCUGGCUCGCUUCAAGGGUCGCCAGGACCUCCUGAAGUACGCACGCGAAAACGGCAUUCCAGUGCCGAGCGGCCCGAAGCCUCCCUAUUCUAUGGAUGAUAACAUGAUGCAUAUCUCUUACGAAUCGGGUGAACUCGAGGAUCCCUCGGUGCCCGCUGAUGAGAGCAUCUAUACGAAAACCGGUCCAAUGGAUAAGUGGCCUGAUCGCCCCCAGGUCGUGCGAAUCCACUUCAAGGAUGGUGUUCCGAUCAAGGUUGAGGACGCUGCAACGGGAUCUGUCUAUGACAGCCCAAUGGCUUUAUUCGAGUUCCUUACACAGGUCGGAAGGAAGCACGGGAUCGGUCGGAUCGAUAUCGUCGAGGACCGCUUUAUAGGCCUCAAAUCUCGUGGCGUCUACGAGACACCGGCUGUUACGAUUCUGCGCUGCGCCCACAUCGAUAUUGAGGGCAUUGCCAUGGACCGCGAGGUGAUGCGGCUGCGGGAUAUGCUUUCGCCAGAAUUUAGCAAACUCGCGUACAACGGGUUCUGGUUCUCCCCCGAGAUGGAUUUCCUCGUCUCUGCGAUCAACAAGAGUCAGGAGCUCAUCGACGGCUGGGUCGACGUACAAUGCUUCAAAGGCUCCUGUUUGGCGAUCGCCCGACAGUCGCCCACUAGCUUGUACGAUGAACGGCUGGCAUCGAUGAACGAGGUGGAUGCGUUCACCCCGUCAGAUGCCGGUGGCUUUAUUCGUAUCAACGCGAUUCGACUCAAGGCACAUCGCCGGAUUCUCGAGAAGGUCGGAACAGAUCGUCUCGCAGACCUGAAGCCGACACCGACACCAACAUACGCAGCGCUUGGUACGACGGAUCCCUGA